GAUUGUGCAAAAAAAAAAAGAAGUCAUCUCCGAGCCUCUCCCGACCGCUAGUGCGCCUGUUUUCCGCCACACAUCGAUCGCAAAGACGCAUUAUUUGUUGGUGCGUAUUUGCGUUCACGGCAGCGACAGGUUUUUUUUAUUAUUGUCGGUUCGAAUAAACCCACAUACUCGCCCUUCGGUGUUGGUCAGCUUCCCUUUGCCAAUGCUCUAGCAGAAGAAGUUAGUGUGCGUGUGCGUGCGUGCGUGUAUGGUGGCGGAUGCAAAACAAAUCGCCCAGCAGAGCGGCGCCGUGUUGUGAUACGAACACGCGUAAUUAUUGAAUCGUACAUUUGUAAUCGUAAUCGCGGCCCUUGUUCGUCGUAUGUGUUUGUUGUUGGUGGUGCUCUAGUGUGUACGUGUGGUACCCAAACAGCCGCUGACGUCGGCAUCAUCUGGGCAGGCGAGUGAAAGCGCAACAAAGCGCCACCGUGUGUUUGGUUUCCUACGGGAGCUGCGCUUCCGAACCAAUCGAAAGCAAUUUCCGGAUUUAGGGCAACUUUCCUCGCCCAUUCCCCCUCCCCGUAGUGAGUGCAAAAAGUGUGCAGCGUGUCAGUCCGUGCUGCAUCCCCGUCAGCAUCGUAGUGUGCAUUGCGUAUCGUGGGCCCAUCAUCUCCCAUCCCCCACGUUUCCACACAUUUUUCGCUGUAUUGUGCGACCGCGUGUUGCAUGUUGACGACGGCAACAUGUCCUACCGAAUACUGCGCAAGCUGCAGGGGAACGAGCUGGAGAUAAAGGAACAGAUCGAUGAGGUGUCGGACGGUGGCGAUGCCGAUUACGACACCAACAGCACCAGCAGCCAGAACCGCAAUAACAGCAAGAAGCAGCUCAACAUCAAUCGAUACGAUCUGCUGAACCAGCAACAGUCGCUGUCCGAGAGCGAGGUAAAGGAGGACGACAACGAUGAGACGGAAAAGGAUGCGGCCGACGGCCCGGUAAGCGUACAUCUGGCCGAGGCGAAGAAGCGCAAGAAGAAGAAGAAGAAGAAGACGGGCAAGUACAUCUCCAGCUCGGCGCGCCGCAGCAGCGAGGACAAUGCCGACAUCGAGGACGAUUUUACGCGCACGGUCAAGGAGGUGGACAAGCUGUUCGGCAACUUUCCGCGCGACUCGACCGCCGAUCACCCUCACCACCACCACCAUCAUCAUCCGCCGCAUCACCAUCACCAUCAUCAGGAUGGUGGCGGUGGUGGGCCGGGUGAAGGUAAGGCGGGCGGAGCCGGUGCUGUUACCGCAAAAUCGUUGCUGAACGUGCAGCAUAAAAAUCUGAACCCGCAGUACGAGAUGAAGCGCAUGUUCGGCAGCAAGGUCGUCGGCGAUCAACAAAACAAGCGACGCAAUGCACGUGGUGCGUCCCGGCUGCAAAAGUCGACCUACCUGGUCAACCCGAAGGAAUCGUGGCCCCCGGUCGGCAAGUCGGGCAUCUACAUGAACCUGGUGCAGGCGCCGGAACCGGGCACGUCGACGUCCGCCGCCGGGCCGAAGGCCAUCUUCGACAAGAACGUCAUCUACUUUGCGUUCGAGCACAGCCCCUCGUACCGGCAGGUGCAGCAGAAGUUCCUCGACGCGGUCGAGAGCAUGGACUCGGAGAACAUCAUACGCAUCAUCAACCAGUACCCGUACCACGUGGACUCGCUCAUACAGCUGAGCGAGCUGUGCAAGAUGACGGACGAUCACGCGAUGGCGUCGGAGCUGAUCGAGCACGCGCUGCUCGCCCUCGAGUCGUCCUUUCACACGAUGUUCAGCCUGACGCAGGGCAACUGCCGGCUGGACUACCGGCGGCAGGAGAAUCGGGCCCUCUUCAUCGCGCUCUUCAAGCACGGGCAGCAUCUGGAGUCGCGGGCCUGCUCGCGGACCGCGCUCGAGGUCGCCAAGCUGAUACUGUCGUUCGAUCCGGUGAACGACCCGCUGGCCAUGAUCCUGAUCGUCGACUACUACGCGAUCCGGGCGAAGCAGUACGAGUGGCUGGUGACGCUGUACGAGGAGUGGGACGCAACGAACAAUCUGUCCCAGCUGCCGAACAUGGCCUACUCGUACGCGAUGGCGCUGUUCCAUCUGAAGCGCACCGAGGCGGCCGAUAAGGCACUGCAGUACGCGCUGCUCAUGUUCCCGGGCGUGCUGCGCCCGCUGAUGGAUGAGCUGUCGAUACAGGCGGACAGCCGGGUGGCCGGGCACAACUACUUCGGGCCGGGCGCGUACAACAAAGCGCUGGUGGCGCUGCAGCAGCUGAUGUCGCUGUACGUGUGCCGCUCGAAGCUGGUGUGGCGCGAUGCGGAACUGUUGCCGUGGCUGGAGCGGAACGUGAACGCGGUGCUGGAUCGGGUCGAUGCCAAAGAGGACGUGGUGGCCGAGUACGCUACCAAGCGGAGUCAAAGGUAUUCCAAUCCGCCCCGGCAAGUGCUGCGUCAUAUUGUGCUGUCGGAUUUCAAGGAAAAGGUACCGCUGGCACAGUUUAUCAAAAAGGAAACCGACCCGAUGCUGAUGUACGAUCCGCUGCCACCGCUCGACUCCAUCAACAUCUACUCCCGACCCACGCUGACAACAAACGCGCAGCGACUUCCGAAUGACCCGCUCCAUCUUUUCUUUCAAUCGUUGCUUCCUAAUUUUAACGCUCAAGCCCAACCUGCUGCUCCACCGGCUGCUGCCGCCGCCGCCGCUGCUGUUGCUGCUGCUCCGCCUCAGCAGGCAAAUGUUGCUGCUGCUGCAGCGGCCGCCGCCGCUGCCGCUGCUGCUGCUGCCGGUGGCGAGGGUGCGGGUGGCGCUGCCGGUGCCGACCGGGACAAUGGAAGCAUGGCGACGUACAGCAGCACGCUGGUCACGAUCGUGGAAGCGAUGCGCGAGUUCCUUUCCGGCAUCCGUGCGCUCGAGCGACCGAACGACGCAGACGUGGACGAAGCAGAGAGCACCGAGGAGGACGAACCGAACGACUUUCUGAUGUAAAUCGACACGCCUGGAGAACAGCCAACUUUCUACUACUGCUACUACCAGUCCUCCUACUUCGCUGCUGCCCCCAAUAACCGCCUCCCUCCCCCAAUGUUGGAGCGCUUGGAAAAGAACUGCUGAAAUGCUAAAAUCUACUACUUAUCCAUAUAUCUACACAAUACACAUACAAUAUGGCGCUGUGGAAAUGGCAACGGCCGAUAAAGUUAGUCAUUAGUGAAUAGUUUCAUACACUGCUGCCCUCUUUCGGUUUAGGUGUGCGCCGCGUGCCUGUGAGUGUUUGUUUGUUUGUUAAUUUGUUUUGUGUCGGAGAUGAUCCCUGUUCGAUUGUGUUUUUUGAAGGAAUCGAAAACCCCACAUCAUUAUAUACACAAACACACCCACCAACAGCCGGUACCGAUAGGAUCGCGUUUAUCAUGUGUGUAUGGUCUAGUUUUGUAAGUGCUUACAGCAUAGUACAGUGCGCGUACUUUACACUUUACUUUUCCGAAUCGACAUUAUUAGCAUGCCUUGCAUCAGAGCUCAUGUAAUACGACGUUAAUGGACGGAUAAUAUGUAUGUAUUUGCUAUCGCUAUCGUUUGUUGUUGUUUCGAGCGUGAGCGUAAUUAUCGAUGUCGCCGUUGUCGGAAGAUUCAUUUUAAAAAGUAAGCAAAGGAUUCGCUUUUCGACAACUUCUAAAGUAAAGUAAGGCCCAUUUCGGUGAAGGGAAUUAAAAUUACGUCUCAAACCCGUUUCUUUGUUAAGCAGUGCCACUUAAAUAUCUAUAAAUUGGCCGAUGUCGAUGUCACUACUUUGUUAUGAAGAUUCAGCCUUUUAUUGUCUGAAUUAUCGUUAUUAGAAUACUAUUUUUUUGGUCGUGCACUACUAGCAACAAGUUCAGAUGUUGUUUGUUGCAUUUAACCUUUAACCUUUUUGGAGCGAUUGAUUAGAACAACAACCAAAACAAAACAGAACUUGCAAAAAAAAAAGUACUAACGGCUGCGAGAAAAUGAAUACGCCCAUCUUUUUGUACGCUUAACGCUUAUUAUCCUAACGAAAGUGGAAUUAUUUCCAAAAAAGAAGAAAGAAAGAAUAUAAUUCAAGUGUCACCGAAGACGAAUGUUUUGCGCCAGAAGAAAGAGGGUUCAAGUUCAAGGUGCGUAUGUUAACCACCGGAAAAUGAACUAUUGAAAAAUAAAUCGUAUUUUCUUCAAGCAAGAA